AUGUUUGCAAAGACACCAUGGAUGAUUGCGCGUCAUGGCACACGCUUGCAAUCCUCCACCCCAAAGAAGGAAUUAUUAAAAAAAAUCAAACCAGUAAUCCCCACUGCAUCGAAAAACAAAACAAAGAAAGCAACCAUAGGUACAAAUCAGACACUGAAAUUGAAUGACGACGGCAAGUCCACCCAGAAACCUCGCAAAGGGUUCAGCACAUUGCCCAAGAUGGCACCCAUAACACUGAAUCCACGGGCAUUGAUGCUGGAGGCAUUUUUCUCAGGUUACAAGCCCAUCACGAUGCCAUUGAAGCCUCCAUCCAAGAAAAAGCAACCAAAUGCAGUAUUUUAUGUUGAAUUAGAAGAUGAUAACAUGGAGCUUUUUGAUGACAACGAUCCAGAGGAACUAUCCAGAAGACUUGAUUACCAAAAUUCUAGAAGAUAUACAUUCAGUAACUCCUCAACUACACAUUAUAGAACGUCCGAUGUCGCACCUCACAAGAAGGAUGUUUUAUCGAACUUGGAUGACAAGUUCAAGACCAGAGACGUGAAAAGAGGAAGGAAACGAGUAAUGUUGGCUAAUUAUCAUGAUAAACGGUACGGAACUGAGCAAGGUGAAGAGGACUAG